AUGAAGCUCCUUGUGAUGCUACCCUUGUUCUUCACCAUCCUAGCUUCCUUUUGCCGCGCCGACUUUGUGGUUAACGGGGAUAGCCGAAUAACUGGUGACAUAUGGUACAGACUUUUGGGCCAAGACGAGACGGACUGCGACUCGGUCUGUCGAGGUAAUGUCUAUGCUAAGCACGAAGAUAUGAGUGGCGAUCAAACUGGCGUCCGGAGCGAGGGUAGCAGCGAAAUUAAUCCGGAUAUCUUUGGGCUCAACGUGGAUUUUGGACACUACACCAUCUACAAGAACCGUAGCCUAACAAUGGUGGAUUUGGCCGACAACAAGCAGGUGCAUUGCUACUUGGAGAAUAACCACACUUGCGAUUGCAAGUCCUGCGUAAUUGGCUGGGAUUGGGGAACCUCGAUUUUCCGGUGUGAGACCAAGGCUUGUACCGAAAGUGGCAGUUGA